CUUCAACUCGCGUCCUCUACUGCAAUGCAGCUCAAGUUCAACGCAAUUGGCCUUUUGGCUAUUAUGACUUCCCUGACGUCCGCUAUACCUGCGGAGCACGUCAGUCUUGUAGUCCAGGGUGAAGUUGCCGUCUCAAAACUAGAGGCGAGGCAGGUGCAGUAUAGCUGUCAAGUUGUUCGAGCGAACCAAUUGGGAAGAUGCCGAAAUGCGAUUGCUGAUCUGAGGAGGCGCGAUCUUAGAGGAUUCGAUGUCUUUGCUUGCAUUAGCGCCGGUGCUGCUUUCUUUGAUUCUUGUGCGGCUGCAGUCGCGAUGGGGGGCUUGGGUAAGAUACUAUUUAGCUCAUUGAAAUCCAAAAUAACACAUACAGAUUCUCUAAUUGACGUGGGCUGCAUUGGAACUAUUGCCAGCAUUGAGGCUGGAUGCAGAGGUUGCAAGGCUGGUAUUGAGGAACGGGAUGUAGAGCGUGCAGCAGCCACGAUAUCUACUUAA